AUGAACAAAAUAAUAUCAAAUAAAAUAAUAAAUAAUAAUAUAAUAUUUAGGAAUAACUUUAAUAAUUUAUUCUUUAUUAGAAAUUUUAUUAAUAAUAAAAACAAUAAUAAUAAUAAUAAUAAUAAUAAUAACAAUAAUAAUAAUAAUAAUAAUAGAAAUAAAAAGUUAAAAUAUUCACCAAAUCACCAAUGGAUUAAAAUUUCAGAAAAUAAAGAUUUUGCAACAAUUGGUAUUACUAAUUAUGUAUCAGAUAUUGUAAAUAAUGAAUUUAAUAAAAUCUUAAAAAUUAAAUUACCAAAAAUAAAUGAUAAAAUAAGGUUAAAUCAACCAUUUCUAUCUAUAUGGACAAAAGAAGAAGAAAAUAUUCAAUUUAAAUCACCAUUAUCUGGUAUAGUUUCAAAAGUUAAUAAUAAAUUUAAUAAUCAACAAACUACAACAAUUUCAACGAAAACAACAACAACAACAACAAAGAUUAAACCAAAAUUACCAUUAAAAUCAAAUUCAUUAUUUUUUAAUAAUGACCAAGAUUCAUGGACAAUUGAAUUAAAAAUUAAUGAACCAUUUCAAACCAAUCAUUUAAUGACUGAAGAAGAGUAUGCUCACUAUUGUGAAAAUACUGAUUAUAAAUAA